AUGGUCGAGCAUGUGUUGCUUUCGAAGCUGAACGAGACGGUCGAGCAUGUGUUGCUCCCAAAAUUGAACCGAGUGGUCGAGCAAAUGUGGCUCCCAACGCGAAGAACGGUCGAGACUCUCCCGCAGAGCAACGAGGCGGUCGAGCACGUGACACUCUCGCGGACUGAUAUGGAGGUCGAGCUCGAGACUCUCCCGCAGAGCAACGAGGCGGUUGAGCACGUGCCACUCCCGCGGACUGAUAUGGAGGUCGAGGACGAGGUGGUCCCGUCACCCGACGACGAGAAUUCGUCGGUCUCGAGUUCGUGCUGGAGGCGGUCGGAGAAAUCAAAACGCAAGAAGAGCUCGCGUGGGCGCCUAAACUGGUCACGCUACACUCCACCUUGUUGGGAGGAUAAUGCUGAUCGUGUCGAAGUGCUGUCCGUGCUGGAGUUCUCCACAGUGUGCCGAAUCAGCUUCCUUCCAUCGAAGUUGCAAGCCCGGCUUCCGAUGCUGCGUCGAUUACCAGUCUCCCGGGUUUGA